AGUACCAUCGUCGGACGUUUCCUCGUUGAGUGUUGAGUCUUUGGUCUUUCUGUUUACAUGUCGUUUCAAAGCACUUGUUGCCGAGGUGUUUCCCCAAAAUUAAUGCGGUCGCAUUGCAGUACUACCACCUGUGUUCAAUAAUAACGUCAGCAAAUCUAAUGGAGCUGAACAUUAAGUGCAUCUUACUGGCGAGCAUCGUCCUCUUCGUGCUCAUUCGGCAAGGUCUCGCUAUCAAAUGUUGGGACUGCCGGUCCGACUUCGAUCCGAAAUGCUCCGACCCUUUCGAUAACAGCACAUUCUACAUGACGGACUGCGCCCAGCAGAAGUUGGAGUUUCUACCUGGCGCCAGGUCGACAAUGUGUCGCAAAAUCCGGCAAAAAAUCCACGGCACUUGGCGAUACAUGCGCAGUUGUGCAUACCUGGGCGAGCCGGGAAUUCAAGGCGAUGAGCGUUUCUGUUUGAUGCGCACAGGAACCUACAACAUCUUCAUGGAGUACUGCACCUGCAACAGCAAAGAUGGCUGCAACACCAGCAGUCACCUACAGUCAGCGCACGCCGUAUCGCUAGUGGCUAUUAUUUUAAGUGUGUGCAUGUAUUUGAGAAGAGUAUAGAGAUCUGAUGUGCCUUCCAGAACGCAAACGAGACGCGUUCUCCACGAUGAUCAAAACAAAUCCGUCCAGCAAAGCGAUUAUUAACUGUAUUUUUUUAUAUGUGUAACUUUAAUAUAUAAAAAACACAUUUUUUAGUACAAAAUAAUAUUUGAUACACAAGAGAA